AUGGCACAACUUCAAGGCAAAAAGGCACCGGCUGACGCCUUCUCCUUCGGAAAGGCGAAGGACACUUACAAGACUGUCGAUAAGGAAGUCGCUAAGCUAGUCAAAAAUUUCGAACUUCUCUCCGAGGACCCGACUAUACGGGGCACAAGCGGUUACGACAAGGCCAAGAAGACACGCCAAUUGGUCGCCGACUCCCGCCAAGAACUUGGAGAUCUGUGCAAGUCCUUGGAUUCGAUGUGGGAGAAGGACCCGAGCCAGUGCGUGCAAGACACGAUGGAGGGUGAAAGCUUAAAUGCAACACCUGUGCUGAAGCCGGCGUACCAGAAGAAGGUCGCCGAGGCUGUCAAGAAGACUGCCGAGCUAGGAGGGCACUGCCAGCAGCUCGGGCUCAACGCGAAAUCAAUUGAGGAGAGUCUAGAUACCCAGAAGAAGCUCAAGAUGUGGAAGUUGCAGCAUCCCGUGGCCUUCGCGGCGCUGUCGACCUUGAUCAAAGCUGGCACCAAAGGCAUCAUUGAUGUGGGGGAUCUAGUUUAA